AUGUUUUGUGAAGGCUCUGGAUCACUCUUCGAAGAGGCUCUUCUCAACGACCAGCCCCUCUUCGACUACUCUCCUGCGGAAAGUCUUAUAAACUUUGAAUUGCCAUCCCUGGAUUCUGAUGGCGAUUGGCAGCUUAGUGAUUUAGAUCUGAAUUGUGAUAGUUUUAUAAACAGUGUGAGUGAUAUAAACAAGGAAGCCUCAAACAUCCUUGAUGGAUCAGUUUUCGAUUUUGCUGAUUUGGACAAAAGUAUAAUUGAUGAGUAUCUCUUGGAAGCACUGAGCAGUGAUCUUUCCAAUGACUCGGCGCAGUCUCCCCAGUCAAAUACUGACUCAUCCUUCAGCACCGAGUCCUUAUGUGCAUUGGAGACCCAUGAUUAUGUCACGGUAGACAAUUCCUGGUCAAGUAAACCGCGUCCUUACGAGAAAACCGAGGUGAAAGUUCGUUCAUUUGGAGAGCCAAAGUUUUUCCCAGAACUGGGUGCUUUUCGUUGUCCAGUGGAGGAUUGCGGUAAAUUAUACGCGAAGGCGUCGCAUGUGCGGGCGCACUUACGUCGGCAUAGUGGGGAGAAGCCGUACCGGUGUACGUGGGGAGAGUGCUCGUGGAGGUUCGCGCGGUCGGACGAGCUGGCGCGGCACCGGCGCAGCCACUCGGGCGACAAGCCCUACCGUUGCGCCGAGUGCGGCAAGCAGUUCGCGCGCUCCGACCACCUGGCCAAGCACGGGCGCGUGCACGCCCGCCGCGCCGCCGCCGCAGCCGCCGCCGCCCGCAGAGCCGCAGCAGCACCGCACGCGCACCGGAGGUCUACGAGAGGACUGCUACUUUUAUGAUUACAAAUAGUUAUUGUAUAGACUGAGAGAUAUAUACGUGAUAAGUUUCUUAAGACAAACCAAAUCCUAAUACCGUUUACCGUACGGUACCGAAUGACAUAAAACACACACAAUGUAGUAAAACUGAAAGGGAACAUUGAUUUAUUAAGAUUUGUUCAAAGUCCCUUAAAGACUGAAUUUUCUACAACAAUUAUUAUUUUUAAUUAUAAACGAUCAUUUGUUGGUCAAUCAUCAACUUUAUUAGGCUACUAUUAACUUCUCAUUGAUAAAAUUACCCAUUGUUUGAAUACCUAAUAGACAAAUAACUUAUAGGUGUACAAAUGUUUAAUGGAACAUUAGCAUCUAGACUUACUUAAUUAGUUUUUAGACAAAUGGUUUUAGGUGAAUUUUAUUACUUGGCAUAAGUGUUUUAUGUGUAUUGUUGCAUAUCAACUGUGCUGUGACGAGAGGGCUUUGUGAAUACUUACCUACCUAAAAUAUCAAUUAAAUUAAAUAAGAUGAUAAAGUAAGUUUACUAUUUAAUAAGCUAAUACUGUAAAUAUAGUUUUAAUGCAAAUCCUUACCUAUGUGAAAUUAUAAUUUAAAAAAUAUAAAUAUGGUAUUUAUUGAA